CCCCGCGGUGCCGGCCGGCUUUGCCCGCGGUUGAGCAACGGCGCUGCUGGGCUAUGGCGAGCUUUGAGCCUCCGACCCGCGGCGCGGCUCGGCGGCCGCUGCACUCGGCCCAGGCGGUGGACGUGGCCUCGGCCUCCAGUUUCCGGGCCUUCGAGAUACUACACUUACACUUGGACCUGCGGGUAGAGUUCGGGCCGCCGGGGCCGGGCCCGGGGAGCCGGGGGCUGAACGGCACCGCCGUCCUGGAGCUGCGCUGCCUGCUGCCGGAGGGCGCCACCGAGCUGCGGCUCGAUUCGCACCCGUGCCUCGAGGUGACGGCGGCGACGCUGCGGCGAGAGCGGCCCGGCUCAGAGGAGCAGCCCGCGGAACCUGUGCCCUUCCACACGCUGCCCUUCUCUCAUUACGGCCAAGCCCUGUGCGUGGACUUCCCGCAGCCCUGCCACGCCGCCGAGCGCUUCCAGGUGGUGCUCACCUACCGCGUCGGGGAGGGACCCGGGGUUUGCUGGUUGUCUCCUGAGCAGACAGCAGGAAAGAAGAAGCCUUUUGUCUACACGCAGGGUCAAGCUGUCCUAAAUCGGGCCUUUUUCCCUUGCUUCGACACUCCUGCAGUGAAAUGCAAAUAUUCAGCUCUUGUUGAGGUCCCAGAUGGCUUCACAGCUGUGAUGAGUGCAAGUACCUGGGAGAAGAGAGGGCCAAAUAAGUUCUUCUUCCAGAUGUGUCAGCCUGUCCCCUCCUAUCUGAUAGCUUUGGCCAUUGGAGAUCUGGUUUCGGCUGAAGUUGGACCCAGGAGCCGGGUUUGGGCAGAACCCUGCCUGAUUGAAGCUGCCAAGGAGGAGUACAAUGGGGUGAUAGAAGAAUUCUUGGCCACAGGAGAGAAGCUUUUCGGGCCCUACGUUUGGGGAAGGUAUGACUUGCUCUUCAUGCCACCAUCCUUUCCAUUUGGAGGAAUGGAGAACCCUUGUCUGACCUUCGUCACUCCCUGCCUGCUAGCAGGGGACCGCUCCUUGGCUGAUGUCAUCAUUCAUGAGAUCUCCCACAGUUGGUUUGGGAACCUGGUCACUAAUGCCAACUGGGGGGAGUUCUGGCUCAACGAAGGCUUCACCAUGUAUGCCCAGAGGAGGAUCUCCACCAUCCUGUUUGGGGCUGCUUAUACUUGUUUGGAAGCCGCUACUGGGCGGGCUCUGCUGCGGCAGCACAUGGACAUCACCGGAGAGGAAAACCCGCUCAACAAGCUACGAGUGAAGAUUGAACCAGGUGUUGACCCAGACGAUACCUACAAUGAGACGCCCUACGAGAAAGGUUUCUGCUUUGUCUCAUACCUGGCCCACUUGGUGGGGGAUCAGGAUCAGUUUGACAAGUUUCUCAAGGCCUAUGUGGAUGAGUUUAAAUUCCAAAGUAUCUUAGCCGAUGACUUUCUGGAAUUCUACCUGGAGUAUUUCCCUGAGCUGAAGAAAAAGAGAGUGGAUUCCAUCCCAGGUUUUGAAUUUGAUCGAUGGCUGAAUAUCCCUGGCUGGCCCCCCUACCUUCCUGAUCUCUCCCCUGGGGACUCACUCAUGCAGCCUGCUGAAGAGCUGGCCCAGCUGUGGGUGACUGAGGAGCUGGACAUGCCAGCCAUCGAGGCUGUGGCCAUCUCUUCCUGGAAGACCUACCAGCUGAUCUACUUCUUGGAUAAGAUCCUCCAGAAAUCUCCUCUCCCUCCUGGGAAUGUGAAAAAACUUGGGGAGGCAUAUCCAAAGGUCUCAAAUGCUCGGAAUGCAGAGCUGCGACUACGAUGGGGUCAAAUUGUACUUAAGAAUGACCAUCAGGAGGAUUUCUGGAAAGUGAAGGAGUUCCUACAGAGCCAGGGGAAGCAGAAGUACACCCUUCCCCUGUACCACGCAAUGAUGAGUGGCAGCCAAGAGGCCCAGACCCUCGCCAAGGAGACUUUUGCAUCCACUGCCUCCCAACUCCACAGCAAUGUUGUCAACUACGUCCAGCAAAUCCUGGAGCCCAAGGGCAGUUAGAGGUCAUACAUGUGGCCUCUGUCUCUUCAGACUGCCCAGGCUUUCAGAAUAAUUGUUUGUUCUCAAAUUCUAGUUCUUCAGUCAACGUCCUGAAGUUUCUGUUCCCUCAGGAUAGUCUGUUCUCUGACCUUAAAUGUCUGUCACUCUUGGGCCUAUGCUCUGACGGGUACUUCUCUGGCCCACAAGGUCCUGAGACCGGAGGUCCCUCCCACAGCUCCUCUCCAUGCAGGCUGUGGCAUUGUUGGGGGCAGUCGGUCUUUUCCCGCCUUCCCACUUUAAGUUUCAGGGAGAAGCAGAGAGGUUUUCUUUCCUUUUCUCUUUCUUUAUUUUUUUAAAUAAAUGUUUUUAAGCAA